GGCCAAGGCAACCUUUGAAAGUCAUGUCGCAUCUUUCGUUCUCAUUUCUGACUUUUCGUUCGGCAUAUUCUAUCAGAAGGACUUCAUUGCUCUGGGCCCCUCUUUCCUUUCCCCUGGUAUGCUGCUCUGCUUCAAGUUUUUUUUGCACCAAGUCAGCAAAUACAGACUCUCAGGAAGGAUGAGGACUUCUUCCGGUACACCGGUGGUAGGUGGUUAUGGAAUGAAAAGACCCAGCUACGUGACCGAUACAAAAGAUUCAAUGUGUCCGCACUCAAAGAUGUUGCUGCCCGAAGUGUUGGUGCAAAGGCGUGCGUAUCCAUGUCAAAACUUGCCGAAGGAGGAUCCAAUAAAGUCUUCCGGCUCAUCAUGGACAACUACUCGGUCGUUAUUGCGCGUAUACCAUAUCCUAUCAGUGGCUCUUCAUGUCUGAGUAUUGCAUCAGAGGUCGCAACCAUGGACUUUAUCCCUGUCCCCAAAGUCUUGUCUUGGAGUGGUAAAGCAGACAACCCUGUCGAGUCCGAAUACAUACUUACGGAGGAGGCUGUGGGGAGACCACUUAACGAGGUUUGGUACGAUAUGGAUCUUCGUGACCAGUUGAAGAUUGUAGAGAACAUUAUCUCCAUUGAAAAUAAAUUCCUAUCUCUUUCAUUUACACGUUAUGGUAAUCUUUACUUUGCAAAAGAAGCAUUUUCUGGAUGCGAGAAGGCUGCAGUUGCAAACGAUGUCUCAAUAUCACAAAGGAUGGAAGUAGAGACUCGUUUUGUGAUAGGACCAGUCUCCAACAAGAGUUUCUGGAAUAAGGAACGGGCUUCGUUGGCAACCGAUCGUGGUCCUUGGAAGAGCCACACAGACUAUCUCAAGGCAAUCGCUCGGCGAGAGAUUGCAUGGAUCAGCCGUCACGCAACUACUCAAACACAGACUGACAGUCAAUCAAAACCGAAAACCCAAAACUCCCCCCAGGCCCAUAUCGAUCUUUACAGGAGAUUCCUCAGUAUUUCUGACCAUCUAUUACCGGAUAAUCAAGAUCUGAACAGAGCCACUCUCUGGCAUUGGGAUAUCCACGCUCCUAAUCUAUUUGUCAAUGACGAAAACGAAAUUACAGGACUGAUUGACUGGCAAGAUGUCUUUGUUGGUCCGCUCUUUUUCGAAGCUCGACGCCCGAAAUUUAUCGCCUAUAAUGGAGAGAUAAUGCUAGAAUUGCCCGAGAAUUUCAAGUCCAUUGAAGAUGAGGAUGAAAAAGCUCGAAUCCGAGACCAAGUAAAAAGAUCCAUUCUGAUCUACGCAUACGAGUUGGGCACAUCGAAUACAAAUCCAGUACUUUCUGAGAUCUUGAACACACCUCAUGGGCGGACAAGAACUCAGACCGUGUUGUAUUCUACCAACACUUGGGAUGAUGACAUCAUCCCCUUCCGACAGUGCCUCAUCCGUAUCGCACGGCAUUGGAACGAGAUAAAUGGAGACACCACCUGCCCGAUUACAUUUACAGACAACGAGUUGAAGACACACUAUGAAGAGGGAGAGGGUUGGAAUGAAGAAGCAGAUUUCUGGGAUGCGCUAGAUCACAUUGUUUUUCGUGAUGGAUGGACAUCAAAUGAGACCUACGAACAGGCCGUCGAUCUCUUUACCGAGCUUCGGAAAAUGGGGAUGCAGAGUCUAACAGGAGCUGAACAAUCAGAAUUUGAGAAAGAGACUCGCCAUUGAGUUGAACAGCGGGGUUCUCCUUGAACUCGUUUUCUUAUCAUGCCCAAUCUCUCUUUGGGCAACCAAACGAAGAUAUUCACAAAUCAGUGGUCCUGACAGAAGCAGUUAGAGAAAGUGUGUGAAGAGAAUGGGACAGGACUAACCUUAGCCAGACACUCCAGAUUCCAUUUGAAGUGUCGUGAACCUUCUGAUCCAAGCCAGUGAGGCAUGGCCUCCGAAAGGCCGUCCUCGAAU